AUGCCAGACUUACGUCGUCAGGUGUUGGAGAGCGGCAAAACGAUCUCUCGCAAGGCCGCCUCUCGUGAAGGCUCGCGCCGCACAUCGCGCACCGCCUCCGCCCAAAACUCUCGUCCUUCGUCGCGGCCGACCAGUCGCUAUGGCUCGGAUGAAGAAGAUGCAGGAAACCUAAGCGAUGAGACCACUGCUUUGAGCAUUGGCUCGUUGGAUGACCUCACUGAAGAUCCCGAUCAGGACACCAACAACUGGACGCAGGAACUCGACGAUGUUGUUGCUGACAUCCUCGACCGCAAGCGUAGCAGUAUUCUAAGUCGUGAGGAGGCCUACGCCGCAUUCUGUCGCCUGGCCAAGUCCCACUACGUCGAAGAUCACAUUCGUAGCCAGGUCUCUGAUCUACUGGCGGCCUUCUGCCGCAGUGUCAAGUUCGAGUCCAGCGUGCGCGAGACAACUCUAGCCCUGCGCGCCCUCGAGCUCUUGGCCAUCACGGCCUUUGACAACACUAUCUAUGAAAAUGUCGAGUCACUCCUAUCCCGCAGCAUUCGGGACUCCGCCUCGACCUCGAUCAAAGCCGCCGCCAUCCACUGUCUUGGUGUCUGCACUAUGUUCGGUGGUGCCGGUGAAGACGGCAUCCUCGAUCAGAUGACCUUCUUCCUCGACAUUGCGGCGUCCGAUGGCCAGUCUAUUGACGCCCCGGAUGAUGCCAACAGUGUAACGGCCGCGUUGCAGGAAUGGGGAAUGCUCGCGACAGAGAUUGACGAUCUCGAAGGUGAGAGUGAGGAUGCUGUGCAAAUCUUCAUGGAUCAGCUGGACAGUGGCGAUUCGGGCGUGCAAGUCGCCGCCGGGGAGAAUAUUGCACUCCUCUAUGAAAAGAGCUAUACCGAGCAGGAAGACGACGAAGACGAGGAAGACGAGGAAGGUCAUUCCAAUGACGCCGACUCCGACGAAGAGUCCUUCUUAUCGCCCGGCGAGCGGUCCGGCCCCAAGCUCAUCAAGCGCUACAAUGCCUACCACAACACCCACGAGCUCGAACAGCAAUUGCAGUCGUUGGCCACGAUCCACAACAAACGCAUCAGCAAACGCGACAAGAAGAGCCUGCACAGCAACUUCACCUCCAUUUUAACCACCGUUACCAACCCACGGCGAGGGCCCAUGUAUAACACCGCCAUUGAUCAAGACACGAACCGGCGUUACGGCAGCAAGUUGACCGUUAAGGUCGGCAGCCAGGGUGUCAUGAACAUUGACCGGUGGUGGAAGUGGAUCCGUCUGAACUCGCUCCGUCGCAUCUUGCAGGGUGGGUUUGCCGCCCAUUACUUCCAGGGAAACCGUGCCGUCCUCGAUAAUCUCCCCGUGAUGGUGCGCAUGAACUUCGCCUCUUCCUCGGAUCGUAGCGCUGCGAAACGCGCCGCCAAAUCCCGGAAUAACCGCCGAUGGGCCGUCCAUGAUCACUCCGAUGAAGAAUAUUAG